GACUUUUGACUGUAGUAGUAGUAAUAAUAAUAAUGUAUGUUUUUAGUAAUAUUUUUUAGAAGGAUAAACAGUAAUGAAAAUUAGAUUCAUUUUGUUCAAGCAUGUGUGAAUUAAUGUGUUCUCUUUCUGAAAUAAAUAUAAUUUCAAUCUCACUGUUGCUUUUUGUUGGUGUAAUUGAUUUAUGGUUAAUUUAUUUUGUAUCAUAUACUGCAGAUUUUCUUAAUUAAUCCAAAAUUUGUUUGGAAUUCGUCAUUUUGUAUAGGAAUGGAGAUCCAUUGUUUGAAGUAAGCCUAAGAACAGCUGACAAAAUCGUAGAAUUUAUGAAAGAUCCUAAAGAACCUCCACCACCUCCGCCUCCUGAAAUCCCUUGGAGUGAAGAACCAAGUAGUGUAGUGCAUCUCAAUGAAGAAGAUUUUAAACCGUUUUUGAGACGCAAAAAACAUGUUUUGGUUAUGUUUUAUGCUCCAUGGUGUGGUCAUUGUAAAAAAGCAAAACCAGAGUUUCAAGCUGCUGCUGACUAUUUUAAAGAUGAUCCUAAGGUUGAAUUUGCAGCAAUUGAUUGUACAUCUUACAGUAGUGUGUGCUCAGCCCAUGAUGUGAAAGGUUACCCAACUCUGAAAUAUUUUAGUUAUUAUAAAGUGGAAAAACCAUACGAAGGGCUUAGAACUGAAAGUGAUUUUGUGGAAUACAUGAAAUCAGCUGUAGAUGGAACACCACCACCAGCUAAGACACUUGGAUCUCCACCUGAAAAAUGGUGGUCAGAUAUACCUGAGGGACAGCAUGUACAUUUAUUGAAAUCUGAUGACUUUGAUGAGAAGAUUAGAUCUCAAGAAUCUGCUCUUGUAAUGUUUUACGCUCCUUGGUGUGGACACUGCAAAACUUUGAAACCAGAAUUUGCCAAAGCAGCUGCAAAAAUAAAAGAUAAUAAAAUUCCUGGACUUCUUGCUGCAGUUGAUGCUACAGAAGAAAGGGGUUUGAGUGAGCGUUUUAAAAUAACAGGAUUUCCUACUCUUAAUUAUUUUAAGGAAGGAAAUUUGAUGUUUAAAGUAAACUUCAGAACAGCUGAUAAAAUCUUUGAAUUUAUGAAAGACCCUAAAGAACCUCCACCACCUCCACCUCCUGAAACACCUUGGAGUGAAGAACCAAGCAAUGUUGUGCAUCUCAAUGAAGAAAAUUUUAAAUCAUUCUUAGAACGCAAGAAACAUGUUCUGCUUAUGUUUUAUGCUCCAUGGUGUGGUUAUUGUAAGAAAGCAAAACCUGAGUUUCAAGCUGCUGCUGAUAAUUUUAUAGAUGAUCCUGAGGUUGAAUUUGCAGCAAUUGAUUGCACAUCUUACAGUAGUGUGUGUUCUGCACAUGAUGUGAAAGGCUAUCCGACACUCAGAUACUUUAGUUAUUAUAAAGUAGAGAAGCCCUAUGAAGGAGGUAGAACUGAAAAUGAUUUCGUGAAGUACAUGAAAUCUGCUGCAGAUGGAAUGCCGCCUCCUACUACAACACCUCCACCUGAAAAGUGGUGGUCAGAUUUACCUAAUGCACAGCAUGUGCAUUUGUUAAAAGAAAAACAGUUUGAAGAAAAGAUUAGAUCUCAACAGUGUGCUCUUGUUAUGUUUUAUGCUCCUUGGUGUGGACAUUGCAAAGCUUUGAAACCAGAAUUUGCCAGAGCAGCUGCUAAAUUAAAAGAAAGAAAGGUGGAUUGCAUUUUGGCAGCUGUUGACAGUACUGUAGAACACUCUUUAUCUAAUAAAUAUUCAGUCAGAGCUUUUCCCACUGUGAUUUAUUUUAAAAAUGGCAAUUUGGUCAAGGAAUAUGAACAAGGACGAAGUGCUGAAGAUAUUGUAAGAUUUGUUCUAAGCCAAACAGUGGGUAGAGAAGAGUUAUGAAAUUAUACAUGUAAGUGUUCUGGGAAAUGGAACCAAGCUUAUUUGUAACUCAUUCUGAGUAUUCCAUUUACAUUAUAUUCUUCAAAUUCUCAUAGUAUUUACCAAAUUAUCUCAAAUGUAUGUAAAUAAUGAAAUGAAAAGUAAUAUUUUAUUUAAUAUUCCAAUCUUGUUGAUGUAUUUCUAACAUUUAAAAAAAAUAAUCUUAUAUUACUUAAUUAUCUGAAUUUAUACAGAUUUUA